AUGAUGGAUAAAAAUUAUGGGGUGGAGGGAGAGACAUUCCAAAAUGCAUACCAAAAGAUUGUAUUAAAAGAUCGUAUAUUAAAUGAGAAGGAAAAGGAGAUAAGGAAAAAUCACUUAUUUGAAAUAAGCAAAAUAAAAGAUUACAAUUUGAUAACACAUUAUGAAUAUAUAUUAAAAUUACAUUAUUUUAAUAGUAAUAUAAAUGUAUUAAAUAUAUAUAGAUUGGUUACACAUGACUAUGAAAAAAAGUUUGAAGAAAUAGCAUAUAGUUUAAAAAGUAAUAUAUUAUUAAGUUUAUUAGAUAUAAAUGAGAUAAAGCAAACUGAUAAUAGUAUGAUAAAUUAUUUUAUACAUAAUUAUAAUGAUAUGAAAAAUUUUACAUAUGUAAUAGGAAAUCAAAAGUAUCCAAUUGGGUUUCAAAAAAAUAGUAACGAAACAUUUCAAAUAUAUGUAUUCAAAAUCAUACCUAAUAAAACAUUAUUAUUAAAUAAAAAAAAUGUACAAGAUGUUUUAUCAAGUGCAGAAAUACCUAAUGGAUAUGAUUCUAUAGCAAUUGAGGAAAAAUUAUAUUAUGAAAAUGUUGAAAUAAAAGGGAAUGAACAAGAAAAGGUAUGUUAUAAGGAAAAUAAAAAUGAUGUAGAUAGAAGUGGUUGUAACAAAAGGGAAGGAGAUAAUAAUAUUAAUAAUAAUAAUAAUAAUAAUAUUUAUAAUAAUAAUUAUUAUAAUAAUAGUGGGUUAAAAAAUAAUUAUAGCUAUAUUUAUAAAGUUCGAAAUUCUGAACAAAUAUUACCCUUAUAUUUAAUUGAAUUUGAAUUUAAAUGCUUAAGAGUUGAUAUAAGCAUUCCAGUAUGUGAAUAUUGUUAUAGUACCAAAGCAAUUACUUAUUGUUAUAAUGAUAAAGUUCAUUUAUGUGAUAUAUGUGAUAUAAAACAUCAUGAGAAAAAUAAAAUUUUAAAAAACCAUAAACGAAUACAUAUAUCCGAAUCACCUUAUCAAUUUGGUAAAUGUCCUUAUCAUAUAAAUGAAUUAAUAGAAAGUGUAUGUAUGAAAUGCUUUUGUACUUUAUGUCCUAGUUGUAUUUUGAUAGGUACACAUUCAAAAUGUUUUGAUCAAGAUGAUGAUAAUAAUAAUCAUCCAAUUAUGAAUAUUAAAGAUGCCUUUAUAUUAUCGAAUCAAAGAAAAUCAUUAAGUGAUAUAUCUUUACAAAAUAGAAAAACACGUAUUUUGCAAUUAUUAAAAAAAAAACAUAAACUCUUAUCAGAAAUUUAUUCUAAUUAUUCUUCUUUACAAAAAAGAAUAGAUAUGUUAUAUCAAUAUAUUAUCAAUGAAAUCAAAUUUUUAAAAAAAAAAAAAAUCAAUUUUUUAAUGUCAUUAAAAAGAGCAGUAUUAUCAGAAUUAUUGAUUAUAGAAUGGAUGGAAGCUUUUUUUUUUCAUACAAAAUUAUCAUUAAAUAUAAGUAAUUUUAUUAUAUAUCAAAAAAAACAUCAACUACUUAUGAAUUACUUAAUAAAUAAUAAAAAUAAUAAACACCAUCAUCAUCAUCAUCUACUCAAAUAUAUACCACAGUGGUUAAUGGACAAAAUUUCCGUUCAUUCAAAUUUGUAUAUUUUCCAAGAUCAUUUUAAUAAUAUAUUAAAUAUUAAUAAUUCAGAUAAAAACGAAAAUGAUAAAAAAUACAGAUCUCUCAAUAACAUAACAAAAAAUAAAAUAAAUGGUUCCCAUUUAAUACAUCAAAAUAGUUACACACAUACAAAAAAAUUAGACAGUAUUUAUAACAUAAACAACAUGUUCGAUAAUAAUAAUAGAAAUGCAUUUUCAUUAUAUGAUCAAGCAAAUGUAAAUGAUAACCAGGUGUUAAAUAAAAUAUGCAAAAUGAAAAGUAAUCAUAUUCUUUUCGAUAAUAAUAACCAUGACGAAAAUAUAGUAUACUCAAAAUUGGUCGAUAAAACAAAACUUGUUCAAAAUAAUAACUUACAAGAUAAUAAAAAUAAUUAUCACACUGAUGUAAAUAGGAACUAUAAUAAAAACAAUACAACUCAUUUUAUGAACAAUACAUUUUAUGAAGAUAAUUAUUUCAUGGACGAAUUAAAUAAGGAUAAUAAUAAUAUAAUAUCGGAGGAACACGGAGUGACUUCUGAUUAUACAUCUAUAAUAAAUAUAUCACAAGAUUAUAAUAAUAGUACUACAAAUAUAUUAUACAACAUAUUUAAUAAUAAUAAUAAUAAUAAUAGUAAUAGUUGUAAUUGUUGUAAUAGUUUUGAUUAUUCAAUGUAUUGUACACAACAUGAUACAAAUAUGAAAACACUAAAAAACACAUAUAUAUACAAAGAAUUAUGGAAAAACCUAAUGAACUAUAAAUAUAUAAACGUUAUUCAUAUCCUGAAAGCACAAAAUAAAAAAUAUUCCUUCCAGUUAAUUUCAUCCUUUUUAAAUAUAUCUAAUUAUUAUAAAAGUUUAGAAGAUUUUGUAAAACAUAUAAUUAAACAUGAGGUAUAUACUUUGUUAAAUAAAAAUAUUGAAUGUCAUACUAAGAUGAAAAUUACAUAUUUAUUAGAUAAUAUUACCACAUUGUUAUGUAUAAAUAAUUUGAAAUUAGCAUUCAUUAUAGAUACACAUAUAACAACAUGUUAUUCAGAAAUUCAACAAAACGAAAAACAGUUUCUUAUAGAUGUCGAAAAUAUUAAGCAAAAUGAUCUCGUUUUAUACAAGACGUAUUUACAACAAAAAAAUAAUUAUAAUCAAAGAUUUAUAGACAAGGAUGUGAAGAAUGAAGAACAUGUUAUGGAUGCUCAAAAUGAAGAAACUAUACAUGACGACCAAAAAAUGGAAAUUAAUAUAGAAGAAAAAAUAAAUCAAAAUGAAUUCAUAAUGCAACAAACACUUAAUUCUAAAAAAGUUAGUUUUACAGAAUCAGAAAAUAAGGAAAAGCAAAGUGUAAUAGAGGAUACAAAAGAUAAUGUACAUUAUGACAACACAAUAAUGGAUGAAGAACAGGUUAAAGAUAUAAAUGCUGUUAAAAAGUAUGAUAUAUCUAAAUCUAUUGAUUACAAUAAUAUAUUUAAUAAUGAUAAUGAUAUUUGUAUUGAUAAAUUGAUAAGUGAUAAAGAAAAAAAUGAAUUGGCUACAUUAAAAAUAAUAAAAGAUUAUGUUUAUAUUUAUUUAGAAAAGGUUAUAAAUGAUAUAAUAAAUAUAUCACAUAAAGAUUUAAAUGAUAGUAUACGUUUUCUAUUUUAUACAAUACAUGAUGAAAUUGAUGGUAUUAAUAAACAAAUUAUUUAUGAGAAAAAAUUCAGUAUACAUACUUUAACAUUAUGUCUAGAUCUAUUUAUUAAUUCUAUAUUAUAUCCAUAUAUAUUUUAUAUUCAUGAAUUAAAUGUUCAAAAUAAAAACAUGACCGAAAAUAAUAUUUAUCAAAAGGUUUUAAUAAUAUUUGGACAGACGUUACGAGAAAUAUCUAUUUACAUUUUCCAAAUAUAUAACUUGGGAAUGUAUGAUAACAAUUUGAAGGUUUUUGUAAAUAAUAUCAAGAAUAAUAAUAUGUUGAAGAAGAGAAUAACAAAUGAAAAUAUGUUCUUCCUCGACGUCGCACAAAAGCUGUUCAAUUGGAUCAUCAAGAAUUUAGAAUCACCCAGAUAUUACUCUCCUCUAAAGUGGUAUUAUGGUGAAAGCAUAGAAAAAUCAUAUAAAAAUGUUGUACAAGAAAUAAUAAAUAUCGAUAAAUCUUCUUCAAUUAAAUGUGUUAACGAAAAUGUAGAUUAUAAUAUUUUAUUUAGUACUACCAAUUUUAAAGAUAUUCUAACAUUAUGUUAUUCUAUAAAUAAAGAAUGGAAAUUGAAUAUAUAA